AUGUUGGGUUUAAAUCAUUCUUUUAGGUUUGCAAGAAGAAUAUUAAGCUUUAUCUUACCAUUAUUUUUAAAAAAUGUCAUUAAAAGUGUGUGCUCUUUUAUUAUUCUGAACAUUUUUUUAACAUAUUUGUUAAUGUUUGCAAUUGUGAAUAAUAUUGUUUUGCAUAUUGCCAAAAAAAAUAGAAAUUAUUAUUUUAGAGAUACUAGAUCAUCAUUAACUAAAAUUUUACCAAAAAAAUUUAGGUCAAUUAUUAAGAAACAUACAUCAAAUCUCUUUUUAGUAAAGAAUACAAGUAGUAAAGAUUUGAAUAUUAAAAUUAUCAAUGAGAUUGAUAAUGACAUUGCCAAUAAUAUUGUUUAUGACCAUUAUGUUACUGAUGUUGAUAAAAUAGAAUAUGAAAAGGAUGACGAUUGCAUAGGUGAAAUUGAAAAUGAAGAGAAUCCUUUCAAGAAUUCAUUUGAAAACUUGACAAAACAUGAUAAAUUUUUAAUUUCUGAUUUAAACUAUUAUUUCCAAAAAUAUAAUAUUGAUAUUGAAACUAUUGAAAUCGAAACUGAUGAUGGCUUUAUUAUUGAAUUAUGGCAUUUGAUUCCCAACUCUAAUUCAAAUAUUAAAACACAUGGUCAUCCAGUUUUGUUAUUACAUGGUUUAUUACAAAGUAGUGGUUCUUUUGCAUCUUCUGGUAAAAAAUCGUUGGCAUAUUUCCUAUGUACAUCUGGUUAUGAUGUUUGGUUAGGUAAUAAUAGAUGUGGUUUUGAACCAAAAUAUAAUCAUUCAAAACUUAAAAAAGAUGAUGUUUGGGAUUGGGAUGUAAAAGAAAUGAUUAAAUAUGAUUUAAGAGCAAUGAUUGAGAAAAUUUUAGUUGACACUGAUUACCAAAAAUUAACUUUGGUCGGUCAUUCACAAGGUACUGCGAUAUCCAUUUACGGUUUGAUUAAUGGUGAAGACAUAUUUGAAGAUGGUUUUAGAUUAAUUGAUAAAAUUGAAAAUUUUGUUGCUUUAGCACCCGCUGUCUAUCCAGGUCCAUUACUAGAAGAUAAAUUGUUCAUUAGAUUGUUAAGGGAUUACAUUAAUAACGACAUAUGUUUUGGUACUAAAUCAUUUCUCCCAAUAAUGAUGUUUGUUAGAAAUUAUUUUGAAAAAAGAGUAUUUGCAUAUUUAUGUUACACUAUGUUUAAUUAUUUAUUUGAUUGGAAUGAUAAAUUAUGGAAUAACAACAUUAGAAAUAGACACUUUAUGUUUUCGCCAGUUUACGUAUCAGUUAAGUUAAUGAAAUGGUGGUUAUCUCCUGAUGAGAAUGAUCAUAGUUUUAUUCGCAAUUCCGACAUAAUGUUUCCAGAUAGCAAAGUUUGGUUUCCAAUCAAAGAUGAUGUCAAGAAAUCCAAUAGAAAAAUUUUAGAAACCCAUACUAAUGCUCCUAAAGGCUCAUUAAAUGACCUUCCUAAUCUAUUAUUCUUUGUCCUAAAGCAAGAUAGAUUAGUGGAUGGAGAAAGGUUAAUUAAUCAUUUGAUUAAUUAUGAAGACCAUAACUUAUUCAAGAUUUGGUAUAUUGAAGAAUAUUCUCAUAUGGAUGUAUUAUGGGCAAAUGAUAUCAUUGAGAGAGUUGGCAGGCCUUUAAUUAAUAAUCUAAGAGAACCAAAACAAAAUAUGCAUAAUUUGAUUGAAUCUGUUUCUAUAUCUAAUUUUAUCAGUAAAGCUGAAGAUAACGCUGAAACUGAAUAUGAGGCUAUAGAUUCCGAUUCAGAACUCAUUUCAACUGAAGAAAUCAUUUCUGUUCCUUCUCCAGAAUUUAUUUCUAAAUUGACAAAUUCAACUAUCAGUAAUCUUAGAAGUGGAAACAGUAUCGAUGGUGAUAAAAGUGAAACCGAAAUUGAAGAAACUGAGAAUGAAACUGAAAUUCAAAAUACGAUUAAAAACAAAAAACUCACAGUGAUAGAGUCAAACAUCUAA